UUAAAAAAGAGACUUUCCACAGCCCCCUUUCAGCUUGAACGGUAAGUACGGACGGAGGGCUUUCAUGCUAGCUCCACAGGCCCCAUCUCAUUUUCCUCAAACUUAAAAGGCCUCUCCUGAAGCCACCAGACCCAAGAUGGUGACAAUGCUGUUGCUCCUGGCCACCCUCGCAGGCCUCUUCAAUGCAGCCAAGGGACAAAGUUUUCAUCUUGGGAAAUGCCCGUCUCCUCCAGUGCAAGAGAAUUUUGACAUGAAAAAGUAUCUUGGAAGAUGGUAUGAAAUUGAGAAGAUCCCAGCAAGCUUUGAGAAAGGAAACUGCAUUCAAGCCAACUACUCACUGAUGGACAAUGGAAACAUCAAAGUGCUAAACCAGGGGAUGAGAUCUGAUGGAACCAUGAACCGAGUUGAAGGGGAAGCCACACAGAGAAAUCUCUCAGAGCCAGCCAAGCUGGGAGUCAAGUUUUAUGAGUUGAUGGCAUUCUCACCGUACUGGAUCCUGAGCACUGAUUAUGAGAGCUACGCCCUCGUGUACUCCUGCACCACCAUCCUCUGGCUCUUCCACGUGGAUUAUGCUUGGAUCCUGGGAAGAAACCCUUAUCUCCCCCCAGAAACAAUAACCUACCUAAAAGAUAUUCUUACUUCUAAUGACAUCGACAUCUCAAAAAUGACAGUCACAGAUCACAUGAGCUGCCCCGACUUCAUGUAAAGGGAGGGCCAGCCUUUCUAGGUUACUUCUAUGCUUUGCAUUCCCUGGCUCCACUCCUCAGUCCUCAUAAAGACACACCAAGCGACUGAGGCAAGUACCAGACCCCACACUGUCACCCUGCUAGCCCAAUAAUAAACUUUUUGCUGAUCA